AUGGCAAAGACAGCUGCAGAACGAAUGAGAAAGUAUCGACAGAAUUUAAAACAAAAAGGACUAGCUUCUGCUAAGAAAAAUGAAGAUCGAAUUCGCAAACAGAUAGCUCGCUCAAAUCUGACGGGAAAAGAGAAAUUGAACUAUCAACGACAGAACAAAAAACAUCAAGCAAAUUAUCGUAAUCGAAAAACAAAAAAUAUAGCCAGCAUUCCGCCAGUCUACAAGUCGAAACAAACAUUUUCGAAAGCGCUGAAGAAAGUAAUAACAGCAUUGCCAAAAGAUAUCUCAAAACAACGUGAAAUAAUCAAACGUGUUAGUGAAACACUUGAACUAACACCGAAAACCACACAUAAGCGAACAACACCGACAUUGACGGUUAAGACGAAGCAAGAUGUAAUCCAACUAUAUCAACGUGACAAUGUCUCUUGGCAAGCACCAGGAAAACGGGAUACAAUUGUUGUCCGACAGAACGGUACGAAGAUAACAAUUCAGAAACGCCAUCUUCUGUACGAUAAAACAUCACGGACAGAAAAAAAGAGUAAGUCCGUUACAUUUGGAAUGGCCGUCCAGUGA